GCAACUGUAUCGUCGUCUGUCUUCUGCUAGCCGUCAGUUUUUGUUUAUGUUGUCGUUGGUUACCAUUAAUGAAUUUUGGUUACUUUGUGGUGCCUCUAACGCUCUUUUUAUUGAUUGCCAUCCAAUUUGCCUCAAUGGCGUCGCCUAAACUCCUGAGUCUUGAAUUCGAGGUGUAUGGACGUGUUCAAGGUGUUUUCUUCCGAAAGUACACCCAAAAGCAGGGUAAGGAGCUGGGUUUACGUGGUUGGUGUAUGAACACACCCAAAGGCACAGUUUUAGGACAGCUUGAAGGGGAAGUCCAGCAAGUUGAAAAAAUGAAAUCUUGGCUUCAGAAAACUGGAAGCCCCAAAUCAAGAAUUGACAAAGUGGAUUUCAAAUUUGAGAAACCAAUUUCAGAUUUUACGUUUAUAGAUUUUUCUGUGCGUCGAUGAUACCAGCCCCUCUUCCUGUGCUAUUUUGUUUUAUUUAUUUUGCCUUCUACUCCAAAGUAAACAAAAUAUUAUUGCACAAUUUCGAUCUAUAAAUUAUACCUAAGUUCACAUUUAAGACUGAAAACCUGACUGACCCUUCUUGUAUUUAUUUAAUUCAACUAAAUUAUCCUUUCCAUCUUUGUCUUUCAUCAUUUCUCUGUACUUGUUUUAUAUGACACAGUUCCAUUCUAAGUAUCAAUUCCAGUAUAUUCUGUCACCAAACAUUUCCUAUGUCUUGUCGUUUCCUGAAUUAAAAAUAAAAGGGUGAAACAAGGAA